GCUGGACUCAGCUGGUGGGCUGGAGAAUGUGGAUUAUAUUCCUGUUAACUGUGAAUGGGAACAUGAUGGAAACUAACAACAAGCACUGACAACAGAAAACAGUAUAUUCUGUAAUAAUCGUGUCCUGAAGAGAAGCUCUUCCAGGAUGAGGGACCGUCUGGCGGAGCUGCACCAGAGGGCCCAGGAGUACCAGGAGGAGGGGAAUGAAACUACCAACCCGUUCUCAGCAGACGGAGAUAACGACGACUCUGUGGCGGUCAUCACGCCGCAGGCCGUCAUGUUCGAGGAAGAGCCAAUCAUUGACAACUUCCUGUCUGAGGCUCAGCAGAUCCGAGAUGACAUCACAGCGCUGGACAUCGAGGUCCUGAAGUUCAGCCAGCAGCAGAAGAGUCUGGUGGCCACCAUGCGGCGCUUCAGUGUGAUGAAGAAGGAGAGCAGCAUCACCAGAGACAUCAAGCUGAAGGCCGAGAGCCUCCAUCGACGCUUAGACGCUCUGUUAAAACAGGUCCAGAGGACGGAGGAGCAGCAGGGACCCACUGCUGUCACCACCAGGAUACAACGCUCCCAGCAUGCAGCGCUGCACCGCAAGUUCCAACAGGUGAUGCUGCAGUAUAAUGAAGGUCUGCUGAGUAAGCAGGACCGCUGUAAGCACUUCAUCAUCCGCCAGCUGGAGGUUUCUGGACGCGACGUGACGGAGGACGAGGUGGACGAGAUGGUGUCCAACGGACAAUGGGAGGUCUUCAACGAGAACCUGCUCAACGACGCUAAAAUCACACGAUCACAACUAUCAGAGAUAGAACAGAGACACAAGGAGCUGUUGAGUCUGGAGAACAACAUGAAGGAGCUGCGGGACCUGUUCAUGGACAUCUUCAUGCUGGUGGAGGAGCAGGGGGCCCACCUGGAGCACAUCCAGACCAACGUGGAGCGCACUCAGGACUACGUGGCUGCUUCCAACGAGAAGUUCAAGCUGGCGGCCAGAUACAAGAAGAAGAACCCUCUGAGGCAGCUGUGCUGCUGCUGCUGUCCUCCCUGGAGGUGCUGCUUAUAAAACAGGAAGCCACCAACAUUUCAUCUACAGGCUCUGGUACCUUCAGGUGGAGAGCAGCUCUGGAUCCCAGCAGGUCAGAGCUCUAAGGCCUCCUUCAGACUGACAGACACAAUCUGAUUUUCAGCCCAUCCAGUUCCAAUCUGGAUCUCUUUAGAAGUCUGAACAGUCACAAAUCACAUCAAAUCAGAUUUUUGCAGACCGGAUCUAAACCACCUUCAGGAGGUAGUUUCAGAUCGUAUUUGGACAGAUGUUUCUCAGUCUGAACCUCCA